AGAGAAGAGAUUAAAUGGCUGAAGGCUAAAAUUGCUUACAAUUAGUUUAAUCCUCACAACUACCUCGUCCUGUUUCAAGAAUAAUAGCUAGCUAGCUGCUGUAGCUUGCUGAUUAUGAAGGGACCGGGGAACAAAACAGGUAUAUAACAGUUUGAAUAAAUUACUGUGAAUGAGGUUGAAGCUUUAUUUGGCUUGUUUCUCACCCUUUGCAAGGUCUCAACAGCACUGGUAACACAUACUCCUUUAUACUUCAAGUUCAUCAGAUUGUUUCUCUUCUUUCAUCAGAGGGUAACAAUUUCUAAGGAUGACACUCUCAUUCUUGAUGGAGCAGAUGACAAGAAAGUGAUAGAGGAAAGAUGCAAACAGGUUGUUGACUCAUGCAUGUGCCAAGAGAGGUUGGGUGAAUGUCAAUAUUACAAAUAUUAAGUGAGUUAUCUGAUGCCCAGGUAGAUUAUGCUCAGGUUCCUUGGAUGAUAAUGUCUUGAGAUGUGAGCACUUGCAUGGCAAAUUCUUCAUAGCAAUUGGACAUGGGUAGUGAAUCACAUUGAAAGUGAAUCACGAGUGGGUAAUUUCACAAGAACUACUUUGUCUUCAUCGAUCUCUAAAAUUAAUCAAGACACGUACGCAAACCAGGAAACACGUGUCAAGUAACAAAGACGUGUUAGUCAUGACACACGUGUCACCAGCUUUGAAAUGCCACAACCAUGCAAAGGUGGCAAUGUCCUUAUCUAUAAACCGUUCCAAGGCUUCUGAACUUUCCAUAUGUAGUUACUUUCCUCAACGAGCAUAAGCAAUUGAGAAUUUACUUUUCCAUUUCAAUCAAUCAUGGACACCAAAGCAGUGCAGAGUCAUGGCCAUAACUACGAUCAACAUCAUCAACCUCAUAAUGUUGGCUUACAACAAGGGGGGCAUGGUAUGGAAGAGCACAACCAUGACCAUGAGAAGAAGUCAGUUCUAAAGAAAGUCAAAGCAAAGGCUAAGAAAAUUAAGGACACAAUCACGAAGCAUGGCCAUCAUGACCAUGACCAGGAACAUGGUCCUGAGUAUCACCGUGAAGGUCACCAUAUCCCUGAUGAACAUGACUUGGAUCAGGAAGAUGAUGAGGAUGAGGAAAUGGUGCAAGACCCAGAAAUCCAUGGAGCACCAAUUUAUGAUAGUACUGCUGUUACAAGUGCCGCCAAUAGGCCAGGGCAAGUUAAAACUUCAGAGAGGCCUAGAGUUAAUUUUGGAGGUGCAAAUGUUGUGGGGGAAAAACCUCAUCAUGAGCCAAGAGUUGUAGUUGUUUCCCCUUCCACUGAAAUUAAUCAAAGCAGAUCCACUGGUCCAGCCAGAACAUUUGUUGAGGCAGGGAGAGUAGAACAACCUAAUGUCAAUUUGGUGAGACCAAUGGACUUGGAGGCAGAUCCUCAUGCCCCAGGAAAUAGACAUCCAGCAUAUGCUUCAGCCAAUUAUCAAACCAAAGUCACUGAUCCAACUGGAGCAGGUGGUGCAGAGAUCAACAUUAACCCAGUUCAGAAAUCCUUGGAAAGGAUGACUAUUCACAAUGAGCCAAAACCUAUCCCAGAACCAAAAAUCCUUCCAACUAUUGCUGAAACUCAGUCCCCUGCUGUUGGUGGCAACAAGCAAUUUGUGCCAGGGUUAUCUACUCCAACAAAAACUCAUUACCCAUCUGCUGAAACCCAUGGCCAAAACUUACCAGAACUAUCUGGUGAAAUUAAAACUCACUACCCUAGAAGCCAUGAUCAAGUUAUGCCAAAUCCUAUCUCACAACCAAAAAUCCUUCCAACUCAGCAUCCUUCUACUGGUGGGAGCCACCAGCAAUUUAUGCCAGAGGUAUCUUCUAUAACGAAAACUCAUUACCCAUCUGCUGAAAGUCAUGGCCAUAUCUUACCUGGAUUAUCUAGUGAAAUUACUAAUCACUACCCUAAAAACCAUGAUGAAGUUAUGCCAGAUCUUACUCCUUCAAUCAAUACUCAUGAACCUUACCCUUCUGCUAUAAGACAUGCCCAGAACCUAACAGGAGUGUCUAGUGCAACAAAAACUCAUUACCCUUCUACUGGAAGCCAUGAUCAGUUUUCACCUGAGUUACCAAUAUCAAGUGAACCUAAACCUCAAUACCCUUCUGCUAGAACUCAUGACCAGUUCAAUCCACAACAUUCUAGUGCCACAGAAACUCAUUACCCUUAUGCUGGAAGCCAUGGUCAGUUUGACUUACCAACUGAACAUAAACCCCAACACCCUUCUUCUAGAAUUAAUGAUCAAUUCAUGCCGUCACAACAUGCUAGUGCAACAUAUACUCAUUACCCUUCUGCUGGAAGCCAUGGCCAAUUUGCACCAGAGUUUUCUACUCAAAUGAAAACAGGACAAACCGUGAACAACCCUACCCUCCCCAAAGUUGAAGAGCAACCUCAACCAAUGGAGCAGCAAUCAAACCAAACCAGUUACACAGACAAAAUCUCCUCCGCAACCUCUGCCGUCACUAACACAGCAAUAGGUGCCAAAAAUGCCGUAGCUAACACAGCAAUAGGUGCCAAAAAUGCUGUCACUGGCACAGCUAUAGGUGCUAAAAACGCCGUCGCAGCGACACUCGGGUACGGCGAAAAGGGUGGUGACAACACAGAGCAGAACGAAUCGAGCCAGGGCAGUUACACAGAGAAAAUCUCAUCAGCAACAUCAGCAAUAGCCGACAAAGCCAUCGGUGCUAAGAACACAGUAGCCUCCAAGCUAGGAUUUGGCGAGAGCAGUGAAAGUGGCGAAAACGCUCUGAGAACACAGGAAGAAGAGAAAAACGAGGGGUUUUCUUCUACCACAGCGACAGGGUCUGCUGCUGAAUAUGGAAAGAGAAUUGCUGAGUCUUUGACAGAGAAACUGGCUCCAGUUUAUGGAAAGGUAACUGGAAGUGGAGUGAAGUCUGAGGUUUCUGAAAGUGGGGUUGUGGAACAGGAUAAAGGGGUUUCUGUGAAGGACUAUUUAGCUGAGAAGGUGAGGCCUGGAGAAGAUGACAGGGCUCUGUCUGAGGUGAUUUCAGAGACAUUGCACAUGAAGGGUGAUGAAGAGGGUGGAGUUGUGGUGGAAGAGGAGAGGGAUGUGAGAAGGGUGGUUUCUGAUGCUGUGCAUAAGAGAGGAGAUGAGAGUGAGGGGAGAAGAAGAGUGCCAUUGGGGAAGGUGACAGAGUCUGAAGAGGUGAAGAGAAGGUUGGGUGGUGAGGAUAGGGAGACUGAGAGAAGGUAUGAAGAGAGCUAUGUGAAUAGCCCUGGAGAGGGUGUGGUUGAUAAGGUUAAGGGGAUGGUUGGAUCAUGGUUUACAAAACCUGUGGAUAAUCAAUCAUCAUCACAAGGAGAUGAAGUUCUGUCUAGGAAAUCUGGAGCAGAAGACAAACAGUUUAACCAAGCUACAGGUGAAAGAAGAUUCCAGGGGUCGUCUAAUUGAAGAAUUGCUUUCAGAGAAUCAUUAUAGUACUUGUGUAUUUCCUUUCUUUUUUUUCUUUUUUUUUUCAAGUGGUGUUUGUGUUAUUGUGUAGAUGUUGUGAUUUAUGUAAUGAAUGAUAUUGCCAAGUGCAUGUUCAGACUUCAGUGUAGCCUUUUAGAAUUUGUCACUUUGAAUAUAAUGAUAGUAAGAUAUUUGGAUUUUAACCCAUUGGCUUGACGA